CCUAACAGCAGUUCUCCAACGGUUGUCAUCGAUGACACUUCGCUCUUCAAAACGAAAACGAAAGUAAAAUAAAAAAAAAUAUAAAAAGGAACUUCAAAAAAGUGUGCGCAAGUUUAUCCUCAAUCAAUCUUAAAAAAAUGGCAAAUCUAAGCGCAUUUAAUCGAAUAACAAAAUUACAAAAAAUUCUUCUACUAUCAAAUUUAAAUUGUUUACAACCAACAUCAGCAAUUGCUAUUAACACCGCAUUGAAAGCUUUUCUACACACACAACAGCAGCAACAACAACAACAACAGCCGUCUAGUCACAAGUUAACAAAGCCAUAUUGCACUCAAUUGAACUCUUUAAGUAGACAAUUCACAACUGGCCUUCAGAACACAUCGAAAUCGACGACAAAUCUCGACGAGUUUCGUGCUCAAGAAGAGAAACGCGAAAAAGAAUUUAACAAACAACAAAAUGAAACUCCACCCGACGAGAAGGAGCAAGAGGAUGCUCGAAAAGCCAAAACCGAUGGAGUUCGUAUUAAAAUACUCGAUGCCGCCUUGAAGCAUGUUCCUAUAGAAGGUUGGUCCCGACAGGCGAUAGUUUUAGGCGCCCAAGAGGCUGGCUAUCCAAGUGAGGUGCAUGGAAUGUUCCCAAGUGGUGGCUAUGAGCUGGUCUCACAUUUUGUGGCAAAGUGUAAUAAUGCUCUAUUAAAGCAUAUGCAGGCUGAAACUAAUAAUGGUCAAAAAGAAGUGGCCGAUCCUUUGGAUUUCCUUAUUCGAUCGGUGAAAUUCCGUCUACAAAUGAUAGAACCUUAUAAAAGUCAUUGGCCACAGGCGAUGGCUUUGAUAGCUCUUCCUCCUAACGUGCCAACAUCAUUGGCACAAGUUCUGACAAUGGUCGAUGAUAUGUGCUAUUAUUCUGGUGAUCGAUCAGUUGAUUUUGGUUGGUAUACAAGACGUGUUGGAUUAGCGACAAUAUUCAAAAUGGUUGAAGUAUUUAUGUUGCAAGACAAAUCCCCUGAACAUCAAGAGACGUGGACAUUUUUGAAAAAUCGAAUGGAAGAAGCUGCUCAAAUUCAAAUGGUGCUCUCACAAACUGGUGAUAUGACUCAUAAUUUCCAAAGAUCUUUUAAUUCUGCUUUUGUCACAGCACGAAAUAUCUUAGGACUUAAUUAUAAUCGCCGAUAAGAGUUGAGAAUGUCACAAAAAACAAAACAACAACACUGUCUUAAGCUAUGCAACGGACAACAAACAAAAUUAUACAACCAAAAGAAACUAAAAGUCACUACACUUAGCCCAGUAUAUUAAAAAAAAAAAAUGAAGAUAAAAUAAUAAAAAAAACAAAAAAUACUUACCCACCCCUCUUAAAAGGAGGAACUAUUUUUAUUAUUAUGUUAAUGUUAGAUAAUACUUAAAAAAACACACAAAAAAAAAACCAAAAUGCUUAAAU